AGCAAACAGCUGAUUUGGUUUGAUUUUUUCAGACAAAUUAUGGAUAAAUGUAUAUCAUACGCAGAGCAAUUAAGCACAUAUCGGUAUACAAGUUUUUAAUAACCAUGCCCAUUUUGGAAGUCUACAAGAACGGUCUCCGAGACUUCUUGGUGAAUGAGAAAAACACAGCUAUAUUGAUGCAGUUGGCCAAGAGUACGACCAAAAAUGUGUGUAAAAUCGAAGAUCCUGAGGAAGCUCUUGACUACCUCAUAUCGCAUGUGGAGGACAUACACGUUUUAUUGUCCAAACGUCUCGUCACGCGUGAACUUCUGUUUAUGUAUGUGAAGAGACGCUUACCGGGCAUAGCCACAAACUUUACCAAGGCGGAUUUGGUAACGAAAGUGAUCAAAUAUUGGGAGCAACCUGUAGAGCCCAUUAGCAAACCGAACAACGUAGAAGUAGAGGAGUAUCCCAUUCACACAAUGGCUCGCAAAUUCGGCCAGUGGUUUUUUGAACGCAUUAAUUCUGACCGACUUAGCCUCAUAGAUUUGUGGAACGAUGCGGCCUUGCACUUGACUAUCAGUGCAAGUGAUGGUAUCAAUGUGCAGGAGUGUGAGACGGCUCCAGAGGUACUUUCAGUACUUAUAGGCACAAAAAAGAAAUUUGGCUUCCUAUUUAAUCCAAACUUAACCCACGGUGGAAUACAAGGGCGCAUGGAUUCCUAUGGUCAAGUCUUGGUGCUCUCCUGUGGUACUCUUCACACAACCGAGUCCUGUGUUGGCGUUUUUGAAUGCGUCUUUGCACUGUUGCGUGAUCCCUAUUCGGAAAACAAUUGGAAGCCCAAGCGAUUCAAAUGCUUGCUAAAAAGCGAGCUUCAGCCCCGCAUCCUCCACAGUCUAAGAGAUUGCGAGACUCUGCAGACAGUACUGGCCCUGCCGAUGCCUAACGAAGACCUGGAUUAGCGGUGGACUAUUAUAAAACAAUUAAAUGCGAAAUGAACUAACCUUUCGAUAGCUCAGGUGCCCGUCCACCAUAGCAUGUCACGCAUUACUAUUUGUUGGACAUCUUUACUUACCCUUAGCUUAAAAAUGUGGAAUGUGUUCUUGUAUGAACUUACGAUUUAACUUUUCGAAUGGUCAGUAAAAGCCGAAGAUCGAAGAGGUCUCCGUAUAGACUUGUGAAGUCAACCCACCUGGAAUUUAAAGAGAAUGUAGGCGUUAGAAAUGAUUAAAUUUUGAGUGUUAAUCCAGAGAGAAUUUUGUUUACAAUAGAGUAGUCGCAGUCAUAGGUUUUUAGUGUGGAUUGUUUCUUCGAAGCUCCCCCAUACCCAGCAGUGAUAGUUUUGAAUAAGUACAGUACCUGUGGUACGGGUACGUUUUAGCUAACAACUAUGUCGGUGUUUUUAGUACACAAGAGACUAGGGAGAACGUUUUAAUAUUUAAUCUAUGUCAAAAUAAAGUUUCUUUCUACAAAAUAAACUUAAGCUGUAGUUGUAGUUUAUAGUGUACGAAGAAGUAUGCAAACUAAGCCAAACAAAAAGACUAAAUCAUCAUAUGUAAUAAAAAAAAACUAAACAUGUA